AUGUUUUGGCGCCGUUACGUUGACGCCAGCUAUGUCAUCGUCAAAAGGAACGUGCUACAGAAUUUUCGUCUCAUGAACAUCAAAACCGACAGUCGACUGUCCGGGGGCACAAUGAGCCAAUCAGUACGUGCGUACGAAGCAGAAGCCAGCAAACCUAGGGGGAAUUUUAGUUUCCAAGGCGAUCAAAAACAGCUUGUUGGCAAGGUGGUGGGUGACAUUUUGGAUAAAAUUGCCCUUAUCGCACCAGUAAUUGCUACCAGUGCUCCCGAAUCGGUCAUAGCGGAACACAUUGUUGCAUUAAAUCCCUCAGUCCAGGAAAGGGGUGUAAAUCCAUAA